AUUUUGGUUUAUCCUCGGGGAUAGCGGGGCUGGGCCAGCUCUUCCAUAAACCCUGGCAUGCAGGUUGUACAGCUCAGGCGCAAAACCCUGCUUUGCCCAAAGGUGCAGGGAGUCGUUCCCUGAGCUCCUGAAGUUCUGUGCUUCAGUAUCUGCAGUCAGAACAUUCUCUACACAUCGGUUAUGGGAUGGAUCCAGGUAAAUCCUUGGACAUGCCCUGGAUGCGCAGACCUUCCAUACAGAGACCCUCAGCACCUGCAGCUCAGGAAGAUGAAUGCUGCUGGCAGAGCUUGUCUGUUUGUAUUGUGUUUGUGUAAGAAUGAGCAGGGAAAUGAACUUUCCUCGAGUGUUUCCCGUCCUCAGCUGAGCAAGACCUGGUGAAGCUCAGUGUUAGACCUGGUACAGCCAGGUUAGAUCAGGAAAGCCUAAAACUGGGGCAGACCAGCCUGGGGGUGAAGGAACCCCCUGGGUAAAUGAUGCAGGAAGGGCCAGUCCUCGUUCCUGGAGCCCCUCUGCCCGUGCCCAUGUCCCAUCUCCUCUCUGUGCUCUUCCCUUGUCCCCAGGCCAUGGAUUCUCCCUAUGCCAACGGAGCCUACAGCCCCCCGUACCCGCCCUAUGCCAGCCUGCCGCAGCCACGGGGCUUCUACUGCUCGGGGCCGGCACGCAGCCCCUACCCCCCCGAGCCCCCCGGCCUCUACCGGCCCCCGUCGCCCGCCCCCGCCUGGAGCUUUGUGCCCCCCGAGUGUCCCAGCGAGGGCUCCGCGCUCCGCCGGCAGCAGCAGGGCCCCGGCUACUCCCCGCCGCAGACCCCAGGAAUGCCGAUGCCGCAGUAUCCGUACGGAGAUGGCAGUGCAGGGAUCACGGGGCCACAGCCCAGAGCCCUGGAGGACACCUGGGGCCCCCCCUCAGUCUAUGGGGUGCAGCCACGUUACGGCUGGCCCGCGGCCUCGGGGCACAGCAACCUCUACGUCUCUGAUUCACACCCAGGCUGGACUGGCAGUGGGGCUCCUGCCCAGCCUCCCUCCUGGGAGCCACAGGGACAGGACUCUGUCUAUGACAGAGCUGAGCAGAGCCCCAGCCCCCACAGUUACUACUCUGACGUGGAGCAGCGGCCCUCGGGGCCAGUGACUGAGCACAGGAUGGCCAAGGCCGCCCCGUGCCAGCCCCGGGUGCAGUACAGUGCCCAGCCCCAGCUCUACGAGCUCGCCCCACGGAAGGCCCUGGCCGGGAGCCGCGAGCUGGGCCGCAGAGCUGCUGAGCAGCCUUGCAGCAAUCCUGCAGCCCUGCAGCCCGAGAUCCAGAGGAUCCUGCACGUGAUGGGGGAGGCUGGACAGCUGGAGGAAGAGGUGGAUGAGUUUGUAGGGAAAAAGACAGAUAAAUCCUAUCGGCUCCUGGAGGAGAUGCUGACCAAGCUGCUGCUGGAGCUGGAUUCCAUUGAGACUGGGGGCCAGGACAGCGUCCGGCAGGCCAGGAAAGAGUCCGUCCACAGAAUUCAGGCCAUACUGGAAAAACUGGAAAGAAAGGGAUUGUGAAAGCACAUGAGCCACAACACACAGCUGUUGUUGAGGUUCCAAAGAGUUUCAGUUCUCUUAAAUCUCAGCUCUUUCUGCUACGCACUAUUGACAUGGAAUAGCAAUAAGCCCUGAGUCAACAAAUCAAAUCAAACCCACCAAAAAGCCAGCCCAGAAGCCCAGCCCUGAGAAACAACUCAGCAAAGGACAAAUUGAGAGAGGUUUGAAGCAGCAAGAGUGUUUAAUGAAGAUGUUGAAGAGAGCUGGGCCAAGGAUGGAGGCCUGUGGGGUUGUGUACAGAGUUCCCCAGAGCAGGUCCAGUCUCUGGGUGUCUCCUCCUGCCACAGCCAGUCUUUGAACACUGCAAUGUGCAGCCACCAACCAAGACUCUGGGCUUGUCCUCACUGCCUGUAAUUUCAGCUUCAGCUCCCUUGCCAUAAACCCCAUGUGUCCUCAUAGGGGUUGUUUGGGUUUAGUGCACUGAAGGAGCAGCACUGAAGUGCUGGAGGGAGGGGCUGUGCUGGCACAUGUCAGGUGGUGCUGUUCCUCUUCUGUGGUGCAGAGCCAGUGUGGGGUGUCCCUGUGGGCAUAGGAACAGACUGGAAAUCCUAGUUCUGCCACUGGAAGUGCAAGUUAAGGAAAGAACAGAUGCAGGAUGCUUGGAAGUGAUUUUCAGGUCAGUUGGGUCAAAAUCCCGUUUAAUGUCCCUCUCCAUCCUGUGAGUUUUGUGUCCCACUGUGCAGCACCACGGGGAGGGAGCAGCUCGGCCUGUUCCAGCCUCCUGGUCACCACCUGCACAGCAACUCACUGCUAUGUGUGAUUCUUAAUAAACCCUGACCAGUUUUAAAUGUUA